AUGCAAGGAACCCCUGAAUGUGGAGCAAGUGGCUUGAUCCCGCGAUGUUUGUCAAAGAUACUGCAGUCCUCAGAAGCCAUGCGCGCAACAGGAUGGGACUGGAAGCUGAAAGUUUCUUUCCUGGAGGUGUACAAUGAGGUGCUCAGGGACUUGCUUGAUGACAGCUCCUCAAUGGUGCAUGUGAUCAAGCAUGAUGAUGCCUAUGGCACCAUGGUCACGAACCUGACUGCGGUAGAGGUGAGUCGAAUGGAUCACAUCAACCGACUCAUGGAGAAAGCCGCCCGAGCGCGAGCUGUAGGAGCGACGGAUAUGAACGCAACAUCAUCGCGGUCACACUCUGUCUUUGCAUUGUACUUGCAUGGCGUGAACCGCGAGCUCGAUUGCGAACUCCAGGGUGCCCUGCAUCUGGUUGACUUGGCCGGGUCGGAGCGGCUGGACAAGUCCGGCUCAACCGGCGACAGGCUGAAGGAGACACAAAACAUCAACAAAAGCUUGUCAAGCUUGGCCGAUGUCUUCCUGGCAAAGGCCGAGGGCCGUGCCCACAUUCCCUUCAGAAAUUCGAAGCUGACUCAUUUGAUGGAGCCUUGCCUGAACGGGCAGGGCAAAACGCUGAUGGUUGUCAAUGUGGGUCCAGAGAUGGAGCAUGCCCACGAGACGCUAUGCUCGCUGCGCUUUGCGUCGCAGGUCAGUCAGUGCAACACCGGUGGCAAACCCAAGCGUUGCGUACGGCCUGUGACCGGCCCAAAAGCCACUGGCAGGCAACCCGUGAACUCUCGGCGUGCAAAGUAA